UCGCUCUCUCUCUUUUGCUCUCUCUCAUACACACUCAGACGUGCGCAUACACAGACCAAGGGAGAGAGAGAGAGGGAGAGGGAGAGAGGGAGUGUGAGGGGAGAGAACACAUCGCAGCAGAGAUGCAGCAGGAGGUUUUCCGAGAUUUUGAGGGCUGGUCAUGGUGUCCGGUGAGAAGGUAUGGGACCCCCUCCAUACGGGCCUUAUUCAGUCACAACUGAGUGAUCAACGCCUGGCUGCAGGGCUAACUCCCCUCUGCAACCCCACAAAAACUGCAAAUACUGAAUCCACGUGGCACCAGAGUGGGCCGUUGCCUUUGUCUUUGCCACCACUGUCAUUGGUGUCUGUAGACUCCGGUUACCCACUUCAAGUCUCCUUACCAUCGCCCUCACCUCUUAAUAUAUGCGGCUCAAGCAAGAUUGAAGGGCUACACAAACCAGUCGACAGUCUAAGGAGUCUUUCUAAGCCUGACGAAGAGGAGGAGGAAGCUGAGCAGCUGGAGAUGAAGGGUAAAAGGCAUGGAGGCAGGGGAGAGGCCAUGAUAGAGGACCGGCUGGAGGACAUGGCUGAUGGACCUAAAAAUGCAAAAAUCACCUUAAGCUUCCCACUCAGUGCCGCCCCCCUUCCAGCCUCUCUGACAUCUUCAGCCCACUGUCGUAGCUCUUCCUCGUCCUCCCCUUCACCCCAUCGAAGAAGGCCAUCCUCCAAGAGCUCAGAUGAGGGGUCCCUCUGGAAACUGGAUGCUACCAUGGAUGUAAAACACAGACCUUUUAAGCCCCAGAGGCAUGAUAGAUCUCCGUCCUCUUCCCCAUCCUCGUCCUCGUCUCCCAUGAUCGCCCAUGCACCUAUGAGGAAGGACAUAAAGUCUCCUCCUCCUCUCAAGUGCUCCAAACUCAAUCCGGAUACUCAGUUUCAUAGGUCGCCCCCAAGAUCUUCCAGUGGGUCUUUAGGUGGCUGUUAUGGUGGCGAUGGAUGGGAUGAAAGGCACGGGUUGGCCAAUGGCACGGCCUCUCCUUCUCGAACAGCUCAGAUCCUCUUCGGUCUGGGCACAUCAGCCUAUCAGAGAGCAGGGGACACAGAGAGGAGAGAGAAAGUACCAGGAAGACCAGCUGGCAAAGUGGGGAGCCCUCAUGUUCCAAGUCUUCACCCACCCACCCUGCACCUCCCUCCUCCUUUACCCCCUCCUCCUCCUCCCCCAUCUGAGGGUCUUACUGCACCCCCUCACUCGUCCUCCUAUCCCCCCACUGACAGCCUCAAGCCUGAGCUUAUUUGCGGGGUGUGCCAUCGGCUUUUCAGCUCAGCCUCCUCCCUCACAGUCCACAUGCGGCUGCAUCGUGGUAGCCGCGCCCUCAGUUGCCGCUACUGUGGUAAAGUUUUCAUCCAUAGUAAGAGACUGCAAUCCCAUGAGACAUCCUGCAGGGUACCAGGUCUACCCUCCCACAGCCUCGGCCCUCCUUCUCUUACUGUGCAGCCAAAGGAAGAGCCACUGGAAGAGGGUGAGGUGAGAGUGGAGGGGGGAGUGAUUAUAAGAGAAACAGACAUCAGUAAGGUGCGGCCAGGGAAGAAAGCACGGAGCCUCCUGGCUCGUAUCCAAGGUGAUGAUGCAGCAGCUUCAGAGCUACUAGAGGGUGAUGAGCACCAUUUUGUGAAGGUGGUAGAUGGCAAUGUCAUUUACUUCUGUUCAGUGUGUGAGCGUUCCUACAUGACUCUAUCCAGCUUGAAGCGUCACUCCAACGUGCACUCGUGGCGCCGCAGAUAUCCCUGCCAUUUCUGUGAUAAGGUUUUUGCCCUGGCAGAGUACCGCACAAAACACGAGGUGUGGCACACAGGAGAGAGGCGCUACCAGUGCAUCUUCUGCUGGGAUGCUUUCGCCACGUACUACAAUCUAAAAACACACCAGAAGACAAUUCAUGGGAUUAAUCCCAGCCUCAUCUCCAGUGAAAAAACAGCUAAUGGGGGUUAUAAGCAGAAAGCUAAUGCCCUCAAGCUCUACCGCCUCCUUCCAAUGCGCUCCCAGAAGAGACCCUACAAAACUUACAAUGACAGUUUGCACAACGGCCUGCUACUGCCACCAUCUGAAACAUCCUCCCUCUCCCUACCUGACCUGGGUUGUGCUCUGAGCCCUGAGGACCUACAAAGCCUGGUCAGUGGGGCCCACCAUCAGAGUGUAAAGCCUGACCCAGAUGCCUCCCCUGAUGGAAUCCCGGUUUCUGUGACUCCUGAGCACAGUGACCUCUCAGCGCUCACACCCCUCCCCCCAACCCACAUGCCCCAAGUUGGAAAACUUGAUAACGAGGCCCUAGAGCUAGAGCAGGGGAGGUGCAGUGGCAGCUUCAAAAUGUCUAGUAGCAGCAAAACCAAACCUCCCAAGACCAGUAAAGGCAUAGGAACGAGCAUGCCUUCUGUGAUAACAUAUGGCCAUACAAAACCCUCUGUUAUUGUUCAUGGAACAGCGGUGUCAUCCUCCGUCAUUGUGCAUAGUAAUCAGGUCACCUCUGGAAGUGACAAAAGUACAACAAAUAGCCCAUCCCCUGAUACCAGCAACAGUCAGACUUCAUACAAGGACAGUCCCAGGCCUAUCAAAAAGCAAAGGGAGAGUGCAGAUCACCACAGAAAGAGGUCAAGGGACAGUUCAGAUGCCACAGAGGAUCAGUCAAGAGGUAGGGGACAGGAUGCAGAGACAGGCAGAUUAUUUCACAAAUCACGCAAGUCACAUAGUAAGAGUGACAUCUCUAACUCAAAGCAGCUGUCAGCAUCUUUAGGCUCACAGGUCAAAGAGGCAGGGCCACUGUGCCAGAUAACUGUGCGAAUCGGUGAGGAAGCCAUAGUAAAGCGCAGCAUUUCUGAGACAGACCUUCGGAGAGACAAGAGCCUCUCUCCCCCGAAAAACAAACGAAGUGAAACCUCAUUGGUAAAGGAAGCCAAGGAACCACGCCAUGCACACUCCCACCACCAUAAACACACACACCGCCUCCACCGCAGAGCAAGCCUGGAAGCAGAGGGCGAUUUGGAAGAGGGCGAUUGUGAGGACGAGGGCAGAAAGAGCAGCUCUAAAUCCCCCGAUAGGGUGAGAGAGUACUACUUCCGCCAGGAGGUGCGCGAGCAGGAUAGUGACCACGAUGGAGAGGAUGAUUUAUGGCGGCCUUAUUACUCCUACAAACCGAAGAGAAAGGCCCAAGCACACCUACAAAGGGUCAAAAGCUGGCAGAGGAAACUGAAGUUCAAGCGUUCCAUCAGGCUCAAGAGGAGGGCAGAGAGGCUCAAGAACUAUGUGAAUAAAGAGACAGACAAAUCCCUAGAUGAGGAAGAGGAGGAGGAGGAGGAGACGGAGAAAGUUGAAAAACUCUCAAAAGCUAACAGAGACAAGGUAGAGCGGGAUAAGUGUGAUUACCUUUCUGCUGGUGUACAGGGCAAAAACAAAGUUACAGAAGAACAAGUUAAGGAGGCCUGUCAUGAGACUGCUACAGCUCCCCUUAACUCUCCAAAUCCUCCUGUGUCUACCUCAGUGGCUCCAUCGGGAAUAAAGAGGCGGCCCUGGACUAAUGGGAACGCAGCAGAGUGUGGUACAUGUGGCCGCUGGUUCUCAAGCCCCAGGAAGAGAGACAAACACGAGCUGAGCCAUCUGCUGGAGUUUGUUUGCCUCUUCUGCCGAGCCACUUUCCCCUCGAGGGAUAAGUUGGAAGACCACCAGAGAGCCCAGCAUCCCAAGCCUACCGAGGCAUCCCCUGCGCCCCCUAAAAUGGCACUCGGCGAACAAGUUGAAGGGGACGAGGCUAAAGCUGCGCCAGAGGUGGCAAACUAUGACGAAGAUAAAGGAGGGCAAGUAGGCUUGGUAGGAAGCACUUCAAGUAUGGGUCGCCUAAGCAGAAGAGCAUUGUCAAGACACACCUGUCCACAGUGUCACAAGGUUUGCAAGACAUCUUCCGCACUUACUCGCCAUAUCAGACGCCAUGAGUUAAGCAGUUCCCCCGAGAGAGAAAAGGAAGAUAAAGACUUAAAGCCAAAAACAACAGAGACAGAGGUUAACACUGUAAGCAGAGAUCCACAGACUGAAACAGAACAGGUACCAUGUUCUCUCUCUGUUUCAGUCAUCAGCUACUCAUCACCAGACCCUCCCAGCACUAGUGACUUAUUGGUUUCACAGCAGCAUAAAGACCAAUUCGGCAAACUGACAAACGAACAUCAGUUGUCAGAAUCCAGUGACAAACCUGAACUGACAGAGCUCACACAUCCUGCCCCAGCGAAUGAGCCAGGCCCACCAGUAUCAGACCAUCCAUCAGAAGGCCCAGUUAACCUUACGCCCACCAAACACAGAUUCACACCUGCCGCACCCUCCACUGUCCAGAGUGUGCUCGUCAUGAACGGACCAGAAUGUCUCGACUACCGCACACCCAGCAAAAAGAGCCUAGACAGCCAGAUGCACCGAAUAUCCAGCCCAGCACACAUCGUGGCAUCCGCCAACACCUCUCCAAAUGUGCCCAUGACGUCACACACCAGAAUAACCACUGCUGCUCCUCCUGUUUCCAUGACAACGGCUCUCAGCUCCGAGGGGGGAUUCGUGAAACGGGAUGGGGUCAUUAUGGACAGAGAGAGGCAGGGCGGGAGUGGUAUAUUUUUACAUGCAGGCUAUGAGGAACCACCUCUGGUCCAAGACCUCAGAGUUCACUCCCUGUCGAGGAGUCCCUCUCCCGACGAAGCGCAGGAUCUGACCAUGUCUUCUAUCUUGGCAAGAGAGAGGGAAAUAGAGAGGCAAAGAGAGACAGAGAGGGAGCACGAGAGACUGAAAGAAAGGGAGAGGGACAGAGAAAUGGCGAAAGACACAGAAAACGAGAUCGAGAGGAGCCAGCAAAUGAGUCGAGUUGCACAUACACCAGAGGGCCAGAUUUCUCUGUUGGUCCCCAAAGAGGAGCCCUUGAGCCCUGUGCCAUCACCUCAGCACAUCCCCUCUCAGACCACUAUGAAUGGCCCCUCCUCACACAGGCACACUCCCAAGUCCCCCUGCCGGUCCCCCUCAACUAUUGGACGGCUCGCUCAAGCAAACCGCCAGGUUCACGCCAGUUCACAAGGACUGGACAGGCUCACGCUGCCCACUGGAGCAGCUGGUGCCUGUGACCGCCCCUCUGCCCACGCUCUGCUACUCCCCCGAGCCCCGCAGCCACCUGAGCCGAAUCACCAGGACACUGUUUCUUCGAGAGAUCCCCAGCAGGAGGACAGCACCCCGGUGGGCUACCAUGCCCAUAAUUAUCCCCUCCCCCUUAUUGUGCCGGAUGGCUACCGCUCUGCUAAGAAGCAGGAGGAAAACCUGCUUAUGUCCUCAUAUCCUGUUGGAGCGCUUCCCUUUGGCCCCCUGGGGAAAAUGAUGGUCCCUAAUGGGGGGGACCUUGCUAAGCUGCCGUUUUACCCAGACCCUUACCAGCUGCUCUAUGGACCCCAGCUCCUGGCCUACCCAUAUAACCUGGCCGCUCUUCCUGUGGCUCUGAACAUGAUGGCCCCUGCAGGGGACAAGGUUGAGCCUCUGCCUUUCCUCCCUGCCAUCUUCAACUACGCAGCCACUGCUGGGCCCUACAUGGGGGCAGCCCCUCACCCCCUUGUGGCGAAUCCCAGCCUCUACAGCAGCAGCAGUGGCAGCAGCAAGAAAAGAGACAGCAGUAGCAGCAAACCCUAGGACACAGAAGCACUAUGAGGAAUAUACUUUGUCGGGGACCGCCUGGACUGUUAAGGAUGGGAUUGGGAGGGGGUACGUGCUCACCGGGUCACUGAGUUCACUUGCAGAGUACUCACUCUCUUUUUAAGAAGACAUCAGAGCUAGGCUUACAUCAGGAGUUGGAUGAAGGGAGAGUUAGGAGGAAAGAGAUGGGGGAGAGGGGCCGAUAUUAUAGAGAUACGUCACUGCUCCCCACUCUUUACUCCUGCUCACCUUUCUCCACAUCUCUUCUGUCUCGCUGUAGUGUGUUGUAGUUCUAGAGCUCGAUUAAUCUUCCUCUCUGACUCAUUAUAUUAUCUAUAAGAAUAAGGACUGCUAACAGGGUGUGUGUUGUGUGAAAAAAAUUAGUUCAGUCUGCUUCCCUUUAUAGUCGACACCACAUAACGAGGAUAACCGCUCUUCAGGGAAGGCUUGUGUGGGCACGGAUAAGAAAUGAGACAGAAGUGUUCUUAUUCUAUACGUAGAAGGAAGUUAAGCAUCAAGCAACUCAAACCAUUUGUUUGCAUAACGAAUGAGAAUGAAGGUGUGUUUUUGUUUUUUUUGUUUUUUUUUGCUAAACUGUCCAUGGAAGCUAAGAGCACGUAUAUGCACAUGUUUCCAGAGAUCUGUGCAUGCAGAGUUGGGCUCGAGCAGGUAGGACAUUACUGCAUCAGUGUGUCAGUAAUAAGGCCUGUGUCUGCGAGAGUAGUGUGUGCGUGAAUGGACGGAUCAUUCUGUGUGAGAGGCACACAGCAUUCCUACUUUAGUCGGAAGAGAGCUAAUUUAGGUCAAUGUGUAGAAGUGCAUUUAGUAAUGAUUCCAAAUGAUUACCAAGUCAUCGCUAUGGCUGGAUGUGAAGUGAGUGCGACAAUGAGAUCAUCUGAGCUUCAAAUGUCUCAACUAACUCGGCGUUGACGUUGUGGCUGGACGGCACUGUAGGAUCCGUAUAGCAUUCACCAUAGUUUAUACUUUUUGUGCACAAAAUAGAGAAGUAGUGGUCACUUUAUAAAGGGGACACUUGUAGCUGCUUUUGAUAUGUAGCUGGCCACUGGGUAAGAAAUUAAGGCUGGUAGACCAUUGCACUUCCAUUCUUCAUCUCAUUUCCUUCACAUAAAAAAAAUAAUAAAAGAAUAAAAACUAGUCAGCCUUCAUCAUGCAUCGCUUUUUCCUCGUUGAUUGCGAGAGGAAAAGGCUUCACUUCCUAAGCCAGGAAAAGACAGUGACAGCAAAGAGGGAAAACUAGGAUUCAGGGUAAAGAGCGGUUUUCUGAAUAGGAAAAGGAAUAUAUUGGCACAAAAGCGUCUGAUGGAAGGACAGAAAUGUACUUCAGGAACAACGAGUGUUGUCCUGCUUUCCAACAGAAUAGAGAUGGAAAUAGCCUGAACAUGUCCCGCCUCCUGCCCUGUGUCAUUUAAUAAGACUUAGGAAGGCUGAACUUAGCAGCCAAAGUGGUGGCCGAAAAAUCCCCAGUCGCCCUGCUGGGGCCUUUUUGUUACGCGUAAUGUUAUCUAUAUAUGUUUGUUUUGUUAAACUAUGUUGUUGUUUAUGUUGUUUAGCCCUCAUAUCGGGUGGAAAUGGCUUCAGUGAAAAAGGGGGGAGUAAACGUAAAAAUAUGAAUGUAAAUUUAGUCAUGAGGUUAAUGAAGUACAGCUGCAUUAAUGCUAGAGUCGGUUUCAGUUCCGUUUUUUUUUUUUCUGUUUUGACACAAAUAACCUGUUAAAGAACCGUAUAACGUCUGGUAUGCAUAUAUACAGUAGUCCUAGGAACAUGUCAGUAAUCUUGGGUUCUGUAUCCACAAAGCAUGAGCAACACUUGCUUCCUAACUGUUUAUAUUUACUCAGCAAAUCUGGCAACGUGCGCACAGCCUUUGUUUUCCUUUUUCAAUUUCUGGUCUCUUCAUCUUCCAUAUCUCUGUUUUUCUGUUUUUUUGUUGUUGUUUUUUUUUUUUUUCGAAUUCAUUUUAGGGCCACAGGCUGGAUUAACUCCAUGAAACUAGCUGCCACAUGUAUGCCUCACAGUCACUUUCAAGGACCUUUUUUUAUUCUCCCUCUUCCUUCACUUGCACACUUCACCACCUGUGGACGAAGUACAUAUGUUUCAGUGUGUGUGUGUGUGUGUGUGUGUGUGUGUGUGUGUGUGUGUGUGUGUGUGUGUGUGUGUGAUGGUACUGGAGCGCCUUUUAGUUCGGGUAGGAGUGUUGAAACACAGCGUGACCAACUGAAGGGGCACACAAGCAUCCCCAUGGGUGUGGUUACAAGCCUUUUUGCGCAUAGGCGUUUGUGUUUUGUGUAUGAGACUGAGUGACUGCUUGAAGAAGAAAACCAAAAUACUGUAAAUCUGCCUAAGCAGCAAAUCCCUUGGCAGUAUAUGGGCCACCUGUUCUUUUUUUUUUUUUGUUCUUUGACACUUUUCUGUGGGUUAGUUUCAAUGUAAAAAAAAGCCUUGCUGUCUCCAAUACAAUAUCUCAAGCCAUUCCUAUCGAUGGACAUGUUUGUGUUGAUGGACCAUUUCUUAUGCCAUAGUUUGCCAUCACUGUUAUCAUACAGACCAAAAGCAUGCAAAUCAACGUAUUGUAGUGACUGGACUGGAAUCUGGUGGUAAUAUACAACUAUUUACUGUAUGUUUUAGUUUAAAUGAAUGUGCCUCUGCUUUGAUAUUUAAAAAACUAUCUAUAGUAAGAAGUGGAUCUGCCAGAUUUCAACUGUUAAAGGUGCCUUGGUAUGGCAUAAGAAAUUUGAAUAGUAAGUAAACAUUUUCUUUAGAAACGACGCUCAAACUUGGAGAUAGAUUUCAUGGCUUUAUUUGCUGUGAAGCCGUUCAUAGAUGUUAGGGGUAUGGCUAAACUGUUUUUGGUAUUGUGUACAUGUCUAGGGUAAUACUGUGCCAUAUAGAGCCCACACCAAUAUGUUCAUGUUAUUUUUAAAAGAUGUUUUAAUGUUGCCUGAUGACUUUGUCUUUAGAUUUGAUACAAAGGCUUGUAGCCACAGCUCUCCCAAAGUCUGUAGUCUCCUUUUCUUCUUCUCUCUCCCCUCGUUUCUGUCUCCCUUUCUUUCUCUUUGCUGCAAUCAAACAAAAUAAAGUAUUAACCUGAUGACCCAAUGAA